GAAGUUUUACAAAGUUUAUGGCAAUGGCCCCAAACCUUUCGACCUGACUCAGUUAAACUUCAAAUCCACCUGCCAGAGGUUUGUUGAGAAAUACAAUGAACUGAAGGAAGAGGGGAAGAUUGAAGAGGAGAAAUUGUUUGAAGAAACAGGAAAAGCCCUUUUAGCCAGUGGGAUCCUCUUACAGAGAAGAGGAGUGGACAAAGGUGCUGCACCCAGGGAUGCUGCCUCACAGCCCCAGCUCCAGGCUGUGCUCGGGGAGCUGCAGGACAAGAGGAAGGACGGGCAGGAGCAGCCACCAGAGCUGGCAGGGACACAGAAGGAGAGUCCCUGUCCCUCCUGACAGCGCUGUCACCUGCCAGCAGCCACCUGCAGCCCUCCUUGGGGACAUUUCCCUGAGGAACAGCAUCCUGGUGCCCUCCAGGCUCGUCCGUGGCACACCUGCUCCCCUGUGUCCAGCUCCACAUUGAUAAACUCACAGAUAAUCUUAUUUUGUUUAAUGUUCACAACUGUUUUCUGAUACCGAGUUGGAAAAUACCGAGUGUAAAAGUGGAAAAUUAAAACAUUUCCUUUAAAAUUGGA